UGAAUAAGAAAAAAAAGAUAAGAAAUGUGUGAAAAUUAUUGUAGAAUGCAAUUGUUAUAUCAACUUCGAUAAAGAAAGUUAAUGGAAAAUAAUUAAUAGAUUAAUAUUUACGAUAGGAUUAAGAAGAGAGCUUCGAAUCAAAAAAAUUAUGAAUAAGAAUUGUCAUUUAGUGAGUCUUUAGAAAAGGAAUCUAUUUUUCCUAUCAUAAUUCGAAAAUCCCCUUAAGAGUAUAAGGAAUAAAUUUAAAGCAUAAAUACUGGCAACAAUAGGAGUGUACCUUAAAACAAAAUCAAAUUAAAUUCCAAGCUCACAAAUAAUAAUCGAUCUAUCUCAGUAAAUAGAAAAGUUUCUCCUUUUUAUGACAAAAGCGUCAAUUAUGAGCAAUUUAGUACAAAAUUAGAUAAAGAAAAAAAAACAAUUGUUGUUUUCUCUUAAAGAGAAAAUCCUUUAAAAAAUGAUUAUAUCUAUAGAUUUUGUAAAAGAGACUCUUUCUCAAGUUAAUCUGGAAGAAGCAAUUAUAAUAUUUAUUUUUGA